GAGCCGGAGAUGGAUCUGAUCAAUCCGUACAUGCGGCACCACCACGCCAUGGCCGCGGCGGACUACCAGCAACAGCUGGCGGACUACCACAGUGCGGCGGCUGCGGCGGCGGUCUACGCCAACAACAACAACAACAGCAGCAACAGCAACAACCACAACCACAACAGCAGUCCCCUGAUGCUGCUGAAGGCAGCGGCCCACGGCGGAGGCCUCAAGUCCUCGUCCGCCGAAGAUUCCCCUUCGACGACGCCGCCGCCCGCCUCCUCGCGCCUCCACUCGGAGUCGUCGCCAUCGCCGCGCUACGAGCACAACUCCAGCCCCGGCGUGGACAGCGCCAAGUCCUUCGCACUCAGCGGCGGCGAGGAGCAGUGCCAGAACAGCGAGUCCGCCAGUCCCCCGCCGCCACUCGACUACAGCCCCGAGAACCUGACCAGUCGCGGCAAGUUCCACCACCACCACUCGGUCAAUCCGUUGGCCCUGCACAACCACAACCACACCCACAGUGGGCAUCUCAACAACAACCACAGUGGGCACCUCAACAACAACAGCAUCAACAACAACAGCAUGGGCAUGGAGCACAAGCUGCCCCUCAGCUUCCUGGGUCCUCCGCUGGCCGCCCUCCACUCGAUGACCACAGAGAUGAAGACUGCCCAGGGGGGGUCCGGGGUGGGAGCCAGCGGCGGUCCCUCCGCCGCCGGCAACGGCCUCUCCUAUGGCCACAGUCCAAACGCGCAUCUGAUCAGCGAUCGCGGCUCGGGUGGCAGCUCCUCGUCGUCCUCCACCACGGCCACCACCACGAACAGCCAGGGAGCCCCCAAUCCGCAUGGCAUCGAUACGAUUCUGUCGAAACCACCGCCGGUCACAUCGGCGGGCCUAAGUGCUUUAACAGGAGCUGGCAUACCCCGCUUCUCGAUUGCGGCCGCUGCCGCGGGCAUGGCCCAGUAUCUGUCGCAGAGCCAGGGAGCGCCGCUGAAGACCCAUGCCGGACACAUUGUGGACCGCACUCACCUGUACUGGCCGGGACUGCAGGGCCUGGUGGCCAAUCCGAUAGCGUGGCGAGAGCGUCUAUCCAAUACGAUGUCCGCCAAUCUAUCGCAGUCGCAUCAGCAUCAUCCAUCGAACGACAAGGAUGGCAAGAAGAAACACACCCGCCCAACAUUCAGUGGCCAGCAGAUCUUCGCCCUGGAAAAGACAUUCGAGCAGACGAAAUAUCUGGCUGGACCAGAGCGUGCCAAGCUCGCGUAUGCCCUGGGAAUGUCCGAGUCGCAGGUUAAGGUUUGGUUCCAGAAUCGUCGCACCAAAUGGCGCAAGCGGCAUGCGGCGGAAAUGGCCACGGCCAAGAGGAAACAGGACGAUAUGGGCGGCGAUAACGAUGGCGACUGCAGCGAGAACAUGGACAGCGACAACGAGAGCCUCGACAUGGGGGAGACCCCCGCCCAGAGCAAGAGAUGUCGCAGCAACAGCUCCUCCCAGCAGCAGCAGCAGCAGCAGGAUAAUUAUCGUCAUUAAAACGAAUUUACAAAACGGCAAUGGAAUGAAAUUAAAUGAAAUGGAAUGCAACGG